CGCCGGCUGUUGUUGAGUAUGAGCGGAGAGCCUCCUUCCGCCGGGACCGCGGAGGUCGAGCCGCAGGGGGGCGCCACAGUAACUCACACCAGCGUGGAGGGACGCGACAGCGUGGGGGACCACUGCUCGGUCCCGUGCUCGGACCCCUGCUCGGACUCGGACCCCCAGGAAGGGCGCGUACCAUGCGAUCCCCCCGGGGCCGCCGCUGGCAACGCGGGACAGGACCCUCCCACGAGCAGGACCGCGCAGUCGGACUGCAGCAGCGAGAACUGCGCCCCCACCCCCAGCUGCCGGAUCUGCUUUCAGGGGGCCGAGCAGGGCCAGCUGCUGAACCCGUGCCGCUGUGACGGCUCCGUGCGCCACACCCACCAGCAGUGCCUCCUGAAGUGGAUCAGCGAGCGGGGAUCGUGGACCUGCGAGCUCUGCUGCUACCGGUUCCGCGUCAUCGCCAUCAAGAUGAAGAAGCCGUGGCAGUGGCAGGCCAUCACCAUCACCCUCGUGGAGAAGGUGCAGAUCAUCGCCGUCUUCCUGGGUUCCCUCUUCCUGGUGUCGAGCGUCACCUGGCUGCUGUGGUCGGCCUUCAGUCCCACGGCCAUGUGGCAGCGCCGCGACGUGCUCUUCCAGAUCUGCUACGGCAUGUACGGCUUCAUGGAUCUGGUGUGCAUCGGUCUCAUCGUCCAUGAGGGAGCGGCGGUGAACAAGGUGUUCAAGCGCUGGCGGGCUGUGAACCUCUACUGGGACGUGCAGAACUACGACAAGGCGGCCGACGUGGAGGAGGGCAGCGGCGGCGCGGGACCCUCGGUCGGUCGAAGCCUGUGGCUGCCUCUGACCGGUCUGCAGCCCGGCAGUGUCCUGCACCCCACCCAGCUGGGCUCGCGGCCCGCUUCCCGGUGCGGCCGCGGCCUGCUGUGCUUCUGCCCCGGCCUGACUUCCUCUCGAGGCUCCAGCGCGGACGCCGACUCCGGCGAGGUGGUCAUCCGGGUGACGUCCGUUUAGCCGGCUGCCAGCUGUCUUCCCGUUUUCACUGUGAUGCACCCCCCACCCCACCCCGCCCCAGUUCCCAUCGCCCCUGCAGCGCCUGGAGGAUGUGACCCCCGGUGCCUUGGGUGAUGUUGGUCAGAGAAAAAAAAAGGAAGAAUCUGCUGAACUACAGGUGAAAGAGAUCAGAAAGGAAUAGUUUUCUACUGAAGCGUAAUGCUCCUUUUAUAUUGUCACUGAAUGUAACUUGCUGUCGAAUGCAAUUCUUUUCUGUCGUUGACCAUGAACCCUACUGUGUGUUGUUAAUUUGGGAACAAACACGAUCCUGUUGCUUUCUUGCUCCGCGAAGGGAUGGCGCCUUGCUCUGCAGCGAAGGCGGGCGGUGCGGGUAUCGUUAUUCGGGUGUUUCGGUGUCUCUGGGAUUUCCUGCAGUUUUACCACGGUAACGGUGUGUCUUAAUCCAGCCGUGGAUGUCAUCGGUACCGAACCCUUCUGCCCCUACAGCUAUCAGGCUCAUAUUAAAGCAGAUGGUCAGACACCCUUGGUUUGCCCCCUCAGAUUUUGGUGUUUCAGGUUAUUAAAACAUGGGGAAACUUGACAAGCCUUUUUUUAAGCGUUUAGCUGCGGCCGCAUGUGGUGUGUGUGUCGGAGCCCCUGUCUGCGGCGCCUGACGGCAGUAAUGGGAUUCCGUGUGACAGAGAGGCUAAUUUGAUUCCCCCGCCUCGCUGCUCCCAGGAAGCAGAGCCACAGGCAGGACACCCACACGGUCCGAGUCUAAUUAAGAAUUGUAUUUCACAGAUGAGACCGAAACGGCGCGGUGCCGACACUCCCCUCCCCCAACGCGCCGCCGCCCCGAUUGCUAGAAUCGUCCCCUCGAGAUUAAAUGUCUCGUUUAGAAACGGCAAACGCGGCAUCGCAAGCUUGGUGACAAGGCGGCUGCGAACACCUAACGUCGCGAGCGUGUUGCGGCAACGAAAUAGACCCCCGCUUCACAGGAAGCGAUAACGUGCAGACUUGGGCCGUCGUAUUUAGCGUUGAUUUACAACUUCCUGUUCGGAUUACAACCCUCCGCCUUACAUUCAACAUGCACAGGACAAGAUGUUACACCCCGUGCGUAUGGUAUAACGGCUGAACUCAAGGACCCGGUCCAACCGACAUCACCGUGAAGCCACAGAGAACGGCAUCCAACAUUGCCGACAUACGUGUCCGUAGCUUGAGAUCAACAAGCUUAACUUCCCUCCCUACGCGACACAACCACAGGGUACCAACAUGGGUAUUUCACUGAGGUUGUCAAGUGGGCACCUCCCUUCGUUGAAUUAAGCUCACGACACCCCCGGAAGGCUCAGCAGUGCAGUGUGGUGUCCCAGAACCACCCCCCUCCACACACACUAUACAGGUGGUCCCCAAUUUACGAUGGUUCAGCUUACGAUUUUUCGACUUCACGACAGUGAGCUGAGGAUAGACAUUCAGCAGAAACCGUACUUUGAAUUUCGAUUUUUUCCCAGGCAAGCGAUAUGCAGUGAUACUAGGCAGCAGCAGAAAUCCCCAUCUCCCAGUCUGUUACGCAGAGGUAUGUUUUAAAUGCAUUUUCAACCUGCGAUAUUUUCGACUCACAAUGGGUUUUGCGGAACGUAACCCCAUCGUAAAUCAGACACCACCUGUAAUAUGUUUCCCGGUGACAUUGCUGUUGCCGCAAUUAACCUGAUGCCGUGACUUGUCCGGUCUGGUGUCGUCUGCAAUGGAUGAGAGGUUAGCUUAGGAUCUCGUGUCUUCGGUCCCAUAGACCUUCGUCUCGAUAUAUCCGAGAAGACCUCUUCGGGCAUUGAACUCGACCAAGAAAAACAAUUUUAUUCUGCUUUAUACUCGGGAAACCAAACCAUACAUUUACAGGUAGAUCUUGUUCAGCACUGCCUCAGGAUGUCCUAAAUUAUUAAUAUGACAUUAAAAUUUGAUGCCGGCGAUCGGCUGAGUUACAGCAACGGUUAAAUCUGCAGCCAUCUCCUAGAAGUUGAGGUUGUUCGCGGCGUUCCCCUGUGCCAUGUGUGCGGACGGCCUCAGCGCCGGUCUGCUGGAAGCCCUGUGUGUCGGAUGAAGCGGGGUCCUGUUCCCUCUGUGUCCAGCUUUGUCGAAAUAAAGGCGAAAACCGAGAAACCGCUCAGCUGUCUCAUUACAACAGAUGGGGGGCUUUAAACUUCUGCGGCUUGAAUGGUUCUGAGGAUAAAGCAACGUUUGGGAGGAGGAAGGCGGACGGCUCGCUUUUCGAAACAAAGACGAGAGCCUUUCGAAACGUUCCACCGUAAGCGCUCUUCUGCAUCAGAUUGAUAAGAAUUCCAUUUGCGAGCCGUCUGAUGGAAAGUACGGAAUCCAGCCAUAUUUCUCGCACGAACAUUCGCUUCUCUUUUGGCGCCCAUUUUCUUUGAUUCAUACAUUUUGCCAUGUCAUUAAUAACGGGGGGGGCGAGCAACAUUAGUGCAAGCGCGAGCAGGCCUGCACAGGGAUUCUGGGAUUGGGCAAAUGUGGCAGCGCAAAGCUCCCCCCCUAAUUUAGCUGUCAUGUGGAAAAUUCCUCCCCCAACUGCAUCGCGGCUGAUUCAUUUCAUGAAAAGAGGAAAACUCCCAAACGAUUGCAGUUCAUUGUGGGCGUGUGAAUACAAAUGGCAGGUGAAGAGUUCACUGCCUGAAUGUGCUCCCACUGAUCAUACAAACUUAUCUGUACAAUUCAUAAAAAAAAAAAAAAAAAGAAAAAAAAAAAAUUCUUCAGCCUUUUGAAUGACAGAGAACUUGCAUCGUGUUGAUGCCGCACGUGUGGAUGGGAAUGAAUGGCUUCCAGGUCACACCGCGGUCAAGGCCCGGUGAGGGUCAUAUUUUAACCGUGUCAAUUCAGAAAUCCUCCGAGCACAAACGGAAUUGCAUCGCAAAAACCGCACAGGAGGUUCGAAUGGCAUGCAGAUAGAAAAUUGCACCUUAUUCAAAAUAAAAUAACGUACAGCCUUUAUUAUCGUGGCAGCACAUAUCCGUUAAGUUUCCCUUCUUCCCAGAAACUUAGCAGAUAACAAGGGGAAACCUUUCCCUGAACUCGCUAGGCAUCAGUAAUCAGACUAAAUCCGCUUGCUAAACCUUCAAACUGAAUUUUAAAUUAAAUGAAUGCAUAAAAUGAACUGGUGCCCAGCUAGUGGGAAAUCGGGCCCUUGCUUUAGCUGUGGAAGGAGCCAAGAUUAGAUCUCGCCGGCCCACCUUCCACAUGGCGAUCCUUUCGCUGUCUCGCUGCCUAUCGUAGACCCCCGAGCAUCUCAUGGUUCACGUCCCACGAAGCUCCGCUCUCGGGGCAUUUAUUCGCCACCGUGCUCUUUAAAUGAUGUGCUGUGCAAGGAAGAGGACACCUUUCCAGAUAAAUAUGUCUUUAAUGGCUUGUUAAGAACAUGUCCUUUAAAUGCAUAACAAGUCUAGUAAAAAUGAUUAAGAAACAUGAGGAACAAAUGUUAUUUCUCCUGUGAGCUUUUUUAAUUGUCUGAGACAUGAUAGUAAAAACGGAUCGAUCAUAAAUUUGCUGUUAUUUAGUGUUGUAGCCCAGCAAGAGAAGCCUAGAAUCUUCUAGAAAUGUACAGCCAUUGGGUUAUAUGAAACAUUGCACA